GCCGCCAUGGAUGCCGCCAGCACCUUUUUGUGUUGAGGCCGUAGCGCCAUAUUACGCUCGUUAGUUACUGCGGGGGCCGUUUGUGGGGCCGUUCUCGCACAUUAAAAUGUCUAAAAGACACAGAAUAGAUGUAGGAGAUUCUCCUGUAACCAAGAAAAGAGAUCGGGACUUUGACAAAGACUAUGAUCGAGAUGACCGGAGCAAAGAGAAAAUGGAUAACUGCCAUAAUAUGCAGUCAGUGCCAGUGUCGCAGCAGCUGAAUGCUCUGACUGGGCUUCCCUACUCCAACCGUUACUAUGAGCUAUUCCGCAAGCGCAUAGCGCUGCCAGUAUGGGAGUAUCGGGACAAGUUCUUCGAAUACCUCAACAACCAUCAGAUUCUUGUAUUGGUUGGCGAGACAGGAUCUGGCAAAACAACACAGAUUCCACAGUGGUGUGUAGAGCUUCUGCGCCAGAAGGGAGGUCGCCGUGGUGUAGCAUGUACACAGCCACGGAGGGUAGCAGCCAUGAGUGUUGCUGCACGAGUGGCAGAGGAAAUGGAUGUGGCUAUUGGCCAGGAAGUUGGUUAUAGCAUUCGCUUUGAGGACUGCUCUUCUCCAAAGACAUUGCUGAAGUACAUGACUGAUGGUAUGCUGCUAAGAGAAGCCAUGAGUGACCCACUGCUUGAAGCCUAUGGUGUUGUGCUCUUGGAUGAAGCCCACGAACGUACUUUGGCUACGGACAUUCUCAUGGGGGUUUUAAAGCAGGUCGUCACCCAGCGUCCAGACCUCAAGAUUGUUGUUAUGAGUGCCACUCUUGAUGCUGGUAAAUUUCAGAACUAUUUUGACAAUGCACCAUUGAUGAGUGUACCUGGUCGGACGCAUCCUGUGGAGAUAUUCUAUACACCGGAACCUGAACGAGACUACCUUGAAGCAGCCAUUAGAACUGUCAUCCAGAUUCAUAUGUGUGAGGAAAUUGAAGGUGACAUUCUGCUAUUUCUUACAGGCCAAGAGGAAAUUGAAGAGGCAUGUAAACGGCUGAAAAGGGAAAUUGAUAACUUAGGGCCAGAUGUUGGAGAAAUGAAAUGCAUUCCUCUGUACUCAUCAUUGCCACCAAAUCUGCAACAGCGUAUUUUUGAGCCGCCACCACCUGCCAAGGCAAAUGGGGCCAUUGGCCGAAAAGUAGUUGUGUCAACAAAUAUUGCUGAAACAUCCCUGACCAUCGAUGGUGUGGUCUUCGUGAUUGACCCUGGUUUUGCCAAACAAAAGGUUUACAAUCCUCGCAUCCGUGUUGAGUCUCUACUGGUGUCACCCAUAAGCAAGGCCAGCUCACAGCAGCGAGCAGGUCGUGCUGGUCGCACAAGGCCAGGCAAAUGCUUUAGACUGUACACAGAGAAGGCAUACAAGACGGAGAUGCAGGACCAGACAUAUCCCGAGAUUCUUCGGUCAAACCUUGGCUCGGUUGUUCUCCAAUUGAAGAAGUUGGGCAUUGAUGACUUGGUGCACUUCGAUUUCAUGGAUCCUCCAGCUCCAGAAACAUUGAUGCGUGCACUGGAGCUCCUGAACUACCUUCAGUCCCUCGAUGACAAUGGUGAACUGACCGAAUUGGGAUCCAUAAUGGCCGAGUUCCCCCUGGACCCUCAACUUGCCAAGAUGCUGAUCACAUCAUGCGAAUACAAUUGUUCCAAUGAAGCCCUCUCCAUCACAGCCAUGUUAUCAGUUCCGCAGUGCUUUGUCCGCCCCAACGAGGCCAAAAAGGCUGCUGACGAGUCCAAGAUGCGAUUUGCCCACAUUGACGGGGACCACCUGACCUUGCUGAAUGUGUACCACGCCUUCAAGCAGAACCACGAAGAUACCCAGUGGUGUUAUGACAACUUCAUCAACUACCGUUCUAUGAAGAGUGCAGACAACGUGCGGCAGCAGCUGUCAAGAAUUAUGGACCGCUUCAACCUUCGCCGAACAUCUACAGAGUUUACUAGCAAAGACUACUACAUCAAUAUUCGCAAGACUCUUGUAUCCGGGUUCUUUAUGCAGGUUGCUCACUUGGAAAGGACUGGCCACUAUUUGACAAUCAAGGACAACCAGGUUGUGCAGCUCCACCCAUCAACUUGUCUGGAUCACAAACCUGAGUGGGUGGUGUAUAAUGAGUUUGUCCUCACCACCAAGAAUUACAUUCGUACAGUCACAGACAUCAAACCUGAAUGGUUGAUCAAGAUUGCACCCAACUACUAUGACAUGUCAAAUUUCCCCCAGUGUGAAGCAAAACGCCAAUUGGAAAUGCUCAUUGCCAAAAUGGAGACCCGGCAAUACCAGGAAGGCUUCUGAAGCAUUCAGUGCACAGCUGGCAUCUGUACAAAAUGAUUAUUCAUGGCUGUCUCUCUCCCCCCCCCCCCCUUUUUUUUUUCUUCAUAGUUCAUGGAAUCAUUUUUUUCUAACUUGUUUUACCAGCAUUCUGGCAAUUUCUGUGAGCCUGUUACAGAACCCAUGCUUGUCUCAAAGGUUACCUGUGUAUUGCUUGUAGUAAACAUGGCUUUCACAGGGGU